AAACCCGCACUAGCGCACUCACUGACAGCUCCACGUCAGGCGUCAGUGACUGGACUUGCCCAUCAGUGAUCGUCAGUGUAGAUACCCGUCGUGUGUGUGUGUGUGUGUCUGUGUGUGUGUGUGUCGCCCUGGUGAAGGUCGACUCUGGUGCCCCGCUCAUGUUCGUCUCCGGUGCUCUGCCCUGGGAGGUGCCGCCGCCCACCAUGCCUCCCCUGGGCGGCCUGCUCAGUAUGUUUGACGGCAAGGAGGGCGUGCGGGCGUCCAUGCUCUUGCCGCCGCCCGUGCCCAGGACCGCUGCGUGUGUGGUACUCUCUCAGGCCAACAUCAACCCCUCGCCCACACUCUCCCUCAGCACCCGCCACACGCCCACCACCACACACGCCCAGUACACCAAGGCAUCAUCACCGCCCGCAGCACCGCCGCUCAAGUUCGGCGUUGACCGCCUGCUGGCCGCAGAGCCCCGCACAGCACACGUGACGUCACUGAUGGGUCCUCUAGCACACAUGUUCCCGUCGGCGCCUCCGUCUGCCUCCGCCCUCCUCAACACCCUGGGAGCCACCACCUGCCCUGUCAUCACCCCCUCCACCAUUGUUACCUCCUCACACGGCGCCUCCGUCUGCCCCAGCAUGACCUCCUCCUCCUCCGUCACCUGUCCGAUCAUGACCUCGUAUGUGACCUCCGCCGCGGGCUGCGGGUGUGACGCGGCGGGGAGCAAGUGCCCCUCUGACUGCGGCUACUAUUACGCCCCGCUCUAUGCCAACACCCCGGCGGGCCACCUCCUACCCUACAGCCACUUAUACGGUGGGGGCGUGGGCGGAAGUAGCAGCAGACACGAGGUAGUGGGCGUGACAGCAGGUAGUCACGGGCGGAGGAAGCGGACGUGGACGCGGGCGGUGUUCAGCAAUCUACAGAGGAAGGGACUGGAGAAGCGAUUCCAGCUGCAGAAGUACAUUACCAAGCCCGACCGACGCCAGCUGGCCGCCACUCUUGGCCUCACCGACGCCCAGGUCAAAGUUUGGUUCCAAAACCGAAGAAUGAAGUGGCGUCACGCGGAGCUGAAAAAGCGCGAGCAGCAGCAACAGCAGCAGCAACAACAGCAACAGCAGCAGCAACAGCAGGAAGGAAAUCAGAGGGAGCAAGGCGAGGAGGCGGAACGAGGCGAAGAACUGGAAGGUGAAGAGGAAGAAGAGGAGGAAGAGGGGGAAGAGGAGGUAGUGUUGAGGGGGCACGGGGUGAUGUGUCUAGACGGACGCGACGAUGACGACGACGACGACGAGGAGAUCCACCUCGGUAAAGGCCAGGCGGACGAAGCCAUGGGCGAAAUUAAUGUAAUUUGAAGUAGGAACUAGUUAGAGUACUGAUCCAAAGACGUUUUAUGGGAAUUUUGAGAAUAAAUUUAAGUGAAAAAAUCGCGAGAAAAACACAUCUGUAAAAAUUUUUAAUAAAAAAAUUGUUAAUAAAUAUUGUUAAGUUGUACGUACGCUUGCGUACGUACGCGUGUUUCCUCUGGCUUCAUGACAAGGCAUAGUUCACCGUCUUUCGGGUUCCAUCAUGUCUGAUCAUGGUACUUCUCUAUUACAAGCCUAACCCGCUAAUCGGCCUGGAGCCUCGCAGUAAAGUAACCGUCUCGCGGCGUCCUGACAAGUCCCGGGCCUGCGCCCCCUGUAACAGCAGGCUCUUUUUACGGACACCAUCGUACGUAGGAUUCUGUAGACGCUUACAGUCGAGUGGCUCGGGUUCAGCUCCCGUGCAGGACAGACCUGAUGCCAGCAAUUGUUGUCUUGCAACUUGAAAGCUGCUUGUAAAUACCAGCUAAUUAAGUCACGUUUUGAUUUCAUAAGUUCAUGUCAUAUUUUAUGGUUGAUAUAUAGAUCGAGUCUGAGGCCCAACGCUGCACCUUAUGCUGAUGUCUGGCGAGAUUCGUUUUUUUAUGUAUAUAUAUAUUUUUAAAUAUAAAUAAAAACAAC